CCGCCCCACUCUGGCGGUGUGGAAACAACACGCGUGGUCCGUGGACGGGCGGACCUUGGACGGACGGGCGGAGGGAUUCGGAGACGCGGACGGGCAGACGCGCGAGGACUUCAAUGUCCGAACAGAUGGCCGUCAGAUGCGGACGCGCGUGGUGGCCGAGCUUUGUGCAUUGUACCAGCAGCUGAAGGUCUAAACUUUCCGGAGGUCCAGUGACAAACAAAAUGGCAAAAAAUUCGACACAAUCCUGCAGCCUCUGAAUCAUGGGUAAUGUUGAAAGCCAGAAUGGGGACCACACCCUAUACCGUAACGAACAUGGCUAUUUGUCACGUAAGCACAUGUCUCGGUCUCUUCGCAUCUCUAACAAACAGUCCAGGCGCUCUCGACAUGCUUCCUCUGGGAAAAUAGAGCACCGUAAUUCUGAAACGAGCACGCGCUCAAGUAGCACCCCUAGUAUCCCACAAUCCCUGGCCGACAAUGGCCUGGAGCCCUUCGAUGAAACAAAUAUCCUCCCAGACUUUGGAAGCCCCAUCUGGGUGGACCGUGUGGCCAUGAACCUGCGGCCUGUGUCCUUUCACAACGACCUUGCCAAUCCCUCGGUGCACAUGAAUACGAUGCACGUGACCCUACCCGGCCCCACAGCCGAGGAGGUGCAGGAUGAAGACGUGUACGCGGGCGAGGUGACGUACCUUCAGAAAACUCGGGAUUGCUCCAAGGAGACCGCCAGCUUCAAGAAAAAGCGGUCCAAGUCUGCAGACAUGUGGCGAGAUGACAGCCUGGAGUUCUCGCUGUCUGAUCUCAGCCAAGACCACUUGACCAGCACGGAGGAGAUCAUAGACCCACAAGAGAGCAAGAGGGACUUUACUGACGGCAAGGGACACCUGCAGUGCAGCCCCACGGACUGCGGCGACAGGGCCAACUCCCUGGACGAGCUGUGUAGCCAAAAGUGCCCCCCCGCCCGCCGACAGCCGCACAGCCGCUACGCCAAGUGGCAUGACACCAACCGGGUCAUCAGGGAGGGAGAGGAUGAUAAGAUGAUCUCCCCUUCAGAGGAGGAUGGGAACUCCUAUGGUGCGUACACCCUCCCCUGCCGGCGUUCCCAUUGCCUUUCCGAGGGCCUGAGCAGCCACCAAGCCGCCAUGUGUGCCAGCAUGCAGGGCAGGAGGGCUCAGACUAUACAGGACGUCACUGCCGGAGAGGGUAGCGAGUACGAGGACAGCGGCAUCGACGGGGUGACCGUGGAGGCGGAGCAGCAGUCCAGGCGCUACAAGACCAUGUCCGCCUCCUUCUCCGUGUGCUCGGCAGCUGGCAGGAGCAUGUUUGCUGGCAGUGACAGUGGCAGCAGCAGCGGCGGAGGACCCAGCGAGUGUGUGCAGGGCGUGUACGAGAACUUUCGCCAAGAGCUGGAGAUGAGCUCCUGCCAGACAGAUAGCUUGGAGGAGGCAGGGUCCGCCCUAAGUGACGAGCAGAGCACGAUGAGCUCCACCUACCAAUCUGACCCGUUGCUCAGCGUCACCCAGGGGAUGGUACGCAAAGCCGGCAGGCUCGCUGUCAAGAACUUCCUCGUACAUAAGAAGAACAAGAAAGUGGAAUCAGCCACAAGGCGCAAGUGGAAAAGUUACUGGGUUUCCCUGAAAGGUUGUACUCUAUUCUUCUAUGAAACCGAUGGCCGUUCAGGGAUUGACAACAACAGUAUUCCUAAGCAUGCCGUCUGGGUGGAGAACAGUAUUGUCCAGGCGGUACCUGAGCAUCCCAAAAAGGACUUUGUGUUCUGUCUAAGCAACUCCCUGGGAGAUGCUUUCCUGUUUCAGACUUGCAGCCAGACAGAGCUGGAGAAUUGGAUUACAGCCAUCCACUCGGCAUGUGCCACCGCCGUCGCCCGCCAGCAUCACAGAGAGGAUACGGUGCGCCUGCUUCGUGCAGAGAUCAAGAAGCUUGAGCAGAAGAUAGAUAUGGAUGAGAAGAUGAAGAAGAUGGGAGACAUGCAGCUGUCAGCUGUUACUGACACCAAGAAGAGGAAGACGAUCCUGGAUCAAAUCUUCCUGUGGGAGCAGAACCUCGAGCAGUUUCAUAUGGAUCUAUUCCGCUUCAGGUGCUACCUGGCCAGCCUGCAAGGUGGAGAGCUGCCCAACCCCAAACGUCUCCUGGCUGUUGCAUCUCGUCCCACCAAGCUGGCAAUGGGCCGGCUGGGCAUAUUCUCUGUGUCUUCCUUCCAUGCACUGGUGGCAGCUCGCUCAGAGAACGGAGUGAGAAGGCGAACACAGGCCAUGUCUCGCUCCUGUAGCAAACGCAAGAGCAGGUUUUCCUCCCUCUGGGGUCUGGACACCACCUCAAAGAAAAAAACAAAAGCCCAUCCCAGUAUCAACCAGCAGGUCUUUGCUGAUGGCAGAGAGCAAGUGAAAAACCCCGUUGAUGGCAUGUUUGAUAAUCCAACCAAGGAAAAUACAGAAACCGAGGAUGGAACUGUGAAAAGCCUUCCACGGGCCAGCACAGAAAGUGAUAUUUGGGUUCCUGACCACCUCACCCCCUCGUGGGUGUGUCUGCCGAAUGACCAGCCAGUGCUCACCAUCAUCCAGCCCGGGGAGUCAGCGCUGUGCGUUCUGGAAACCAUCUGCAAGGCCUACCAGCUUGAUCCCACCAAGCACUACUUGAGACUCAAAUUCCUUAUCGAAAACCAAGGACAAUUCUACAUUCCCAAACCAGAGGAGGAUGUAUAUGACUUGCUUUACAAAGAAAUUGAGCUCUGCUGCAAAAUUACUAAAGUAAUCCAGUUUGACAGAGAUGAAUCCUGCAUGAUCGGCUACGGUUUCUCCAUUUCAGUGGUGGAGGAGGACGGAGUGCAGCAGCUCUACAUCACUGAUGUGAAGGCGGGCGGAUUAGCUUUUGCCAAAGGUCUCAAUGCUGGGGAUGAAAUACUCCAGUUGAACGGAAAAGACUCGCACAGUCUCAACUUCUCCGACAUGAAAGUAGCUUUCUCUCAAGCUUCGCUGGCUUUGACCGUUAACACUUUGCCAUCUGUGGAGCGCCGUCAGCUCUGCUAUCUGCCGCCCCGCCGCUCAGACGCUGAGGAGGAUUCAUACACGGACAUCUUCUCCCAGAGUCAAGAGGAGAUUCUAGACGACGGGGUGGGACUUCUGCUCGAGAGCUCAGGAGACAGCCUGGACGAUGACUCUGAGAUCUUCAGCGAGUUUGAGGGCAUAAAGAGUACAGAGCAAGUCGCUGCCUUCUGCCGCAGUCUCCAUGACAUGAAUCCCUCGGAGUGUGUGUCUUCUUCGCCAAGCCCGGACUCUCCGUUCCCACCACCUGCAACGCUCCGACAGCUCUCUGACGCCGACAAGCUCCGCAAAGUCAUCUGUGAACUCGUGGAGACCGAACGCACCUAUGUCAAAGAUCUGAAUUGUCUCAUUGGGAGAUAUUUAACCCCACUGCAGAAAGAGACCUUCCUCACACAGGAUGAGCUGGAUGUGCUAUUUGGGAACUUGCUAGAAAUGGUGGAGUUUCAGUUGGAGUUUCUCAAGACCCUGGAAGAUGGGACCAGACUGGUUCCCGAUCUAGAAAAAUUGGAGCGAGUGGACCAGUUUAAGAAAAUCCUCUUCUCCCUGGGAGGCUCUUUCCUGUACUACGCAGACCGUUUUAAAAUCUACAGCGCUUUCUGCGCCAGCCACACUAAGGUCCCUAAAGUCCUUGUAAAAGCCAAAACCGAUCCAGAUUUCAAGGCCUUCCUGGAGGAGCGCAACCCCAAGCAGCAGCACUCUUCCACCCUGGAGUCGUACCUGAUCAAACCCAUCCAGAGGGUGCUGAAGUAUCCCCUCCUGCUGAGGGAGCUCUACUCGCUCACGGACCCUGACAGUGAGGAGCACUACCAUCUGGAUGUUGCCAUGAAAGCCAUGAACAAAGUAGCCAGCCACAUCAACGAGAUGCAGAAGAUCCACGAGGAGUUCGGAGCUGUGUUCGAUCUGCUCAUCACUGAGCAGAGUGGUGAAAAGAAAGAGUUUCUUCGCCAGGUGGCUGAUCUGUCUAUGGGGGAUCUGCUACUCCACACCAGUGCGACUUGGAUCAACCCCCCCGCCUCCUUGGGCAAAUGGAAGAAAGAGCCCCAGAUGGCCACAUUUGUGUUCAAAAUGGCAGUCGUCUUCGUCUGCAAGGAAGGAUCCAAGCAAAAAAAGAAAAUGGGUGGCUCCCAUCGAGUCUCUGUAUCUUCAGAGGAAAAGGAUCCCUUCAGAUAUCGUCACAUGAUCCCAACUAGUUCCCUUCAAGUCAGGUCCUUGGCCAAUGCAGAUGGCGAAGGCUCGGCGGUUUGUGAGAUUGUCCACACAAAGUCUGAGUCCGAGGGAAGGCCAGAGAGGACAUUUCAGCUGUGCUGCAGUUCACCAGAGAGUAGAAAAGACUUUCUGAAGACGGUACAUUCCAUCUUGAGGGAAAAGCACCGCAGGCAGCUCCUAAAAACCGAGAGUUUACCCGUCAAACAACAGUAUGUGCCCUUUGGUGGAAAGCGCCUCUGUGCCCUGAAGGGAGCCCGUCCAGCCAUAAAUAGAGCAGCAUCUGUACCCACCAGGACGCUCGGCCGGAGGAAGUUGGUGCGCAACCGGUUCACUAUAGACACCGACAUCGUUUUUGACGGCGAGCCCGGACAGGAAGUCACUUCACCACAGGAGCCCGACUCAAUCAACCGGCUGCAGCAAGAGACUGAACCAGAUAAGCUUCAGCAGGCCGAGUUAGCAGGCGACACAGACCGCUGGGUGGAGCAACAGUUUGACCUGGAAGAAUACGAGGACAAGGAAGUGGUGAAGGAGACAGACAUCCUUAGUGAUGAAGACGAUGAGCUCUGCCAGACACCCGGAGCGUCGUCCGCCGAGGCCGAGCUCCGGGCGCCGGUCAUGGCUUUGUCCUUGGAGAGCGAGGAGACCAGCGAGGGCGAGAGCCUUCAGUCCCCAAAGGCCAGCAGUUCCCCCGAUGACGAGCAGAGCGCCGCCGCCAAUAACAGCGUGGAGGAGGAUCAAAAGCAAACGGAGCGGGAUGAGAUAUGGGUAAGAAGGCAGCAGUCCGGUUCGUCCCCAGAAUCUGGCACAUAAAGGCUCACGGAGACAGACGGGCAGACCGCUUUCCAUGGGCUCCAUCGAGACCAGUCAUCAGUCUUCACAAACAAUGCAUGGGCAUUGAUGUUGAUUGUCGAGCUAGUAGAAGUCAUAUCCUUCAUUACUUUUGCUGAAUGCUUUUUGUACAGGUACUAUCAAACGCGGAGCAAUACAGGAAUCGAACAAGGGAGCUUUAUCCCAAAUCAAAUGCUGUUCCUUAGACGUCAGGUGUAAGCUUUCAGAGAUGACCUAAUGGUACAAUCGUGGAAUUGAAUAAGUUGCUUUGAUCGGCAUCAUUUGCACAUGUGGGCAGCAUUCUAUAGUCCUGCUGUUAACAAGUUGUUAGAACAUUGGUAUUGGUAUUGUUUGUGUGACUCAGAAAUAUUGUCAUAGUUAAGGGCUGUAUAUUCUUUGUCCUUAAACAUAUAGAUUAACUCCAAUGGACAGUGUUGUCUUUCAUAGGUUACUGCACUUGUACAUUUUCAAAUGACUAUACAGACAUUUUUUGGUAACAAUUUUCCUAUGUUAACAUGUAUGUCAAAUAUGGUUUGAUCUCUUGUUCAACAGACAUUACGCUGUCUUUUUAGCCUGGAAAAUUUCACUUGUUACAUUUAAUAAUGGAAUUAAGUAACAGGCCCCCUUGCAGAGAGGGUAGAUGGAUUUUCCAAUUAGUUUUAACUUAACACAAUCCUGUUUUUACUUGAAUUUGCUGUUUCAUGAUUAUGUUUUACUGUGAAACCAUUUUCUUGUAUCUUUUCAUUUUUAUUGAUCAGUAUUGCAAUUUAAAGAAUGCUAAAUGUCACUUUGCAUUCCAACCAAGUGGGCACACUCUGUUCACACCAGUUAUUAUAAAGGUAUUGUGUGUUAGGCUGAGAAAAAAAACACUGUUCAGUAGUAAUGGAUUUUUUUAUUUAUUCCCAUGUUAAUUAAUGUGUUUGCAAAGAACCCAAGUAAUCAUUUUUUUCCACAAGGAAAGUCCAAAAUGUGCUCAAGCAAUCAAGGGGAGGGCCUUGCAGUAUGCCUGAACAGUGAAAAAAGUCAGACUUGUAAACAAUUCAUAGUGCUCCCUCAGCAUUUUUAUUACUGUGUAUAUAGACAAAUGUAUUGAUAUCAUAAUAAAUACUGUUGUUUCUUA